AUGGCGAGGCAGACUUCAAAGAUCAACGAGCUGCGCGAGGCUUUCAGUGCCCUCCGAAGGGAGACCAUGUAUCGCCCUCCACCACGAGCGGACCCGCCUGCCAACUUUGCUAGCGGUCGCACCAACCCUUCUCGCUCUAGUGGUGUGGCGGGUGACCCCGGACCUUCUACGCAGCGUGCUGCUGAGCCGAACACGCAGGCUUUUGGCUCUCUGUCAAUCACCCUGCCGCCAUUCAUCCUGGGCAAGACAGACGCUGAGGCGGAUAGGAAGCCGUUUGGGUGGGAGGAAUUCGCAUCUGCUCUUAAGCAAGCUUUCCAGGUCCAGCCGACCCAGCUGGAGGUGCGCAGCCGCCUUGAGAAGCUGCAGUGCGGGAACCGCACAGUGCAGCAGUACGCUGUGGAGUUCGAGGAGAUAUGGGUGCUGCAGAAAUCGGCAGAACGCAUGAGCGUGGGUGAGAAGAUCCACUUGUUCUUCAGGGGGCUGCCUGAACAUCUCCAGAGCAUGCACAUGUCUGAUGGGGCUGGGGAGGCAUGGAGGUCCUACGACCACGUGAAGCGCGUGGUGGGGACCACUGAUAAGCAUUUCCGUGCUUAUGUGAAAACCACCACCCAGCCGCAGCAGGCCCCAAGGCCGUCGUCUAGCCCUGAGGGUCCAUGUGGAAUGCAGCAGGGAACGCCUUGGAAGGGCGGGAACCACAAGAGGCCCUUCCAGCAGAGGCAGCAGGCUGACCACAAGGCCAAGAAGGUCAACGAGGGUGGACCAAGCAAUGUCCAAAGCUGCUUCAAGUGCGGCAAGCCUGGACACAAGGGAUAUGAGUGCCGCCACCGCAAGUCGGUGAAGUUCUCUGGCAAGCCUAAGACGGAGAACAGGCGCAAUGACGGCAGUGGUCCCUCGGGCAGCCAGCGGGAUUUUUCAAAGCCCAACUAG